CAUAGUCUGUGAAUGAAAACGUCAUGUAAUUGUCAUGUCACACAAAGUUAACAAGUCGCUAUUUUUUUGUUUUUCUUCCUCUACUCAUAGUUAUAAUUAACAAACCGAUUUAGCAGUUGUGGUAAUAUGUUACUAAGUUGCCUUCCUAUGUAAUGUUUCCAUCGAGCAUAGUUAACCGGCUACAAAAUGACCGAGGCCUGUGCGGUGAAUUGCAAUAGAGAUGAAAAUAAAAGUUUGUCGAAGGAUAAUGAAGAUUUAAGGGUUAAGGAGGAGCAAGAAGUAACUGUGAAGCAGGAACUUGUGGAGUGCUUAGUGUGUUCAAACCGGACGUCUGAGCACAGUGACCUAAGUACCGCCAGCACCGCUGCAGGCACGACGCUCUGUGAUUAUUUGUGUAAAUUCACGCCAGCCGAUAUAACGAAAACAAACUUCUCUUCUAAGUUCAUUUGUAAAACGUGCCUCAACCUAGUUAAUAUAUUAGAACGUGCAGAAUUAGAAUAUUUGAAGUUAAAGGAGGAAUUUCAGUCUAUACUCAGCAAGAACCCACUGUUUGAAACACAAAGCUUACAAGCUACCGUCUCCCUCGAUCAUGUUAAAAAUGAGAGCGUAGAGACAUUUGCGGAUAAAAAUUUAGAUGAAGACUCUGAAGAUGAACCUCUCGCACUUACAAAAAAGAAGAGGCACAGGAGACUUGAUAAGAGAAAAAAGAAAACUUUGUCCGACAGCAAGCGUAAAGUACGCUCCAAAAACAUCGAUGACAGAAACUUGCAGUUUUUAAAUCAAAGUAGCUUUAUAAAUAAUGCUCCCAAUAUUAUUCACAGCUGGAAAUGCACAGAGUGUGAGGUGAGUGGACAAGCGGGGGGUACGGAGGCACUGACCACGCACAUGCUGCUCGAUCACACGCUGCCCGGAUCCAUGCAGAUUGACAAAGUCAAGAAAGAAGAGUCUCCUGACAGGUCACAAAGUCCAGACUUCAAUGUUCUGGAUGAUAUGUUCAAAGUUGAAUCUGAAGUGUUUGAUGAUGACGAUGAAAGUUCGAACUUUGUCCCCGAUGAGCUGAGCAAUGGCAAGCAUAGUAAAAGAACCAAACUGCUUGGUCGGGGGAAGAGAAAAGAUAGCGGCACAGGUGUUAAGAAAAAGGUUCAGAAAACCAUACACCACUGUGAUCAGUGUAACGCCAAAUAUACCUCACUGGUGCGCCUGGAGCAGCACAAGCAGAAGCACGAGGAUUCGAAGCCGCCCUACAUCUGUGAGGUGUGCGGCGCGCACUACAAGCACAAGCGCGCCUGUGACAUACACGUCGCUAUGCACAAGGGUAUAAGUGACUGGAAAUGCGAGGAGUGUAACAAACUGUUUCCAUCGAAGGGUGCAUUGCAGAGGCACAACAAUAUUCACACUGGGAAACUCAACUAUCAGUGCGACCUGUGCGGCAAGUCGUUCAUCCACACGUCGUCGUUCAAGAUGCACAAGCUGUCGCACUCGGGCGUGAAGCCGCACGCGUGCGACGUGUGCGGGCUGGCGCUCAUGACGCGCUCGCACCUCAAGCGCCACAAGCGCGUGCACUCGGGCGAGAAGCGCCACGAGUGCGGCGUGUGCGGCAAGCGCUUCUCGGAGCGCUACAACCUCAUCGCGCACGCGCGCGCGCACGGCGCGGCGGACGGCGCCCCCGAGGCGCCCCGCCGGCGCCUGUUCCGCUGCGGCUUCUGCCCGGAGCGCUACGAGCGGCGCGCGCAGCUGGAGCGCCACGCGGCCGCCACGCACGGCCGCGCGCUGGAGCGGCCGCCGCCCACGCCGCGCAACACCAUGAGCAAGCUGCUCAAGGCGCAGGCGCAGCGCCGCGCGCCGGACAAGGAUCCAGAUGUUAAGAUCGAUCGGAGUCCAGAAACGAGAACCUCAUCGGUAUCGUCACAGAAGCACAUGCCUCAGAUACAGUCUUCGGAGGUGAUCAGCGCUAGUUCUUGGGCGGGCGUGUACGUUGCUGAGUUCGGCCUACGCACCGACUACUCGCACUAACCCACACUGUAAUACUAUCAGAUGACAAACUGUCUACUAAUUGUAACCAAUUGAACGGCAGACUAUUCAUGACUCGGCCUAUGACAUUCCACUGCUGGGCAUAGAUCUCUUUCGCCGUCUAGAAGAAACAUCAGAGCUUAAUCCAUACGCAAUAAACAAUUAAGAAUUUCCUAUUAAACAGCAGUCAAAUUGUAAACUGUCGUAACACUUGCAUUUGAUAGAACUUAACCUCUUAUCAGCUCAUUUGAAUAUCAUUUAUCUCACGUAAUCAACUUUGAUACUCAUUGUUAUUUUAUGUACCAACUAUAAAUCGGCAGUUUUUGAUCUUU